AUAAUCCUGAUCCAAGUUUAGCAAUGGAGCCAUUUGCAAGGGAAGAAGUGAUAGUUAGUAAUCUGGAGCCUGAUUUUGAAUACUCUUUGACAAUAUCUAUUGAUAAUGCUGCUGGGAGGGGUCCAUCUUCAUCUCCACUUAACAUAAGCAUGCCUGAAGCAGCUCCUAGCGGUCCUCCACUUAACCUAGUGCUUUCAAAUGUUCAACAAACAUCAUUCACUGCCACUUGGUUGCCACCAAAUUUAAUAGAAAGGAAUGGAAGAAUAAUUAGUUACAUGGUGCAAGUGACUAGAGUCAAUCUACUCCAAACAAGAUCAUUUGAAACACAGGACACCCGCAUAUUUUUACAAGGUUAUUAUCCAUAUGAACAUAUCAUGAUAAAGGUGGCUGCUAGAACAUCAGUUGGACUGGGACCAUAUUCUUCUGUACUUGCCUUUAAUACAAAUGAAAAUGUUCCAAGCGUACCAGUAUCAUUUAGCGGAACUGUUAUUGGCAGUGAUCAAGUUAUAUUGAGCUGGGAUAUGCCUCAAACCACUGAUGGUGUCAUAUCUCAAUAUCAAGUUAUAUACUCUGGAUACACAAUAGCUUCUAAUAUACCAGUUAUUGGACCAAUACAAAUAAAUGUGCCCGUGAACCGCCUUCAGUUGUUUCGUCUAAGAAACGGAUUGGUUUAUCACUUUUCAGUGAGGGCUAAGAAUACUGCAGGAUAUGGUCCCAAUGCUACCACUAUAAUAGUACUGCAUGAUAGUAUUAUUGGUGAAUUAGGUGGUGCAACUAGAGAUGUAUCUGGAGUUGAUGGUAGAAUGAUAGCUGUGUCUGUUCUAGCAGGACUGUUUGGUUUACUUUUGUGUCUGUUUUUAAGUAUUGGAUUGAUAUGCUGCUUGUGUGCAAGGAUGAGGCAGAAAAAGAGAGAAAAUAAUAAGAUGCACAUAAAUGGUAACACUGAAAUAAAAGAAAUAUCAUUUGCUAAUAUAAAAGAUGCAUCUCAGAAUGAAGCUGGCUCUCAGCAGACAAAUAUGUCAAGUAGUGAUAAUCAACAUGUUUAUGAUGAGCCAAAUAUAAAAUUAACUACAUCGACUGUGCCUGCUAGUAAUGAUUAUGAUACUGUAACUAGCCCAACUGUGAAGCGUAUCUCACCUGAAGAUACAAUGGAGGUCAAUUCGUGACAAGUCAUUUGAUAUAAAACAUUGCUAAUUAUAUUUUUGUGUGCAAAUAUAUAUGUUUUUAAAGUAGUACUGUAAUUUUGCAGUAGUUUAGUACUAGAUUUAUAGAUUUAUAGUUUUGCACAAUGUUUUUUUUAUUUUUGUAGUACAAAUAAUCUCGACUACUCAUCAAUUGUAAUACUGCCCAAGUUUAUGA